AUGGCAGGGAAGGAUGUAGCGGUGCCAACACGGGGUUGCCAGCUGGAGCAGCUCAUGCUGACGUGGAGCAUCGAGGACGAGCUGCUCCGAGAGAAGGUACGGCCCAUACCAACCACCUUUCCGGAUGUACCCUCGUACCUGUCUGCCUUCCGCUGGCCCCUGCUGGAGGAGUGCCGUGUGGGGCUCAAAUGUGGCCUUGAGCAGCUGCCUGCCGCCGCCUCCACACGGAUCGUGGUCCAAGCGGUGCAGAAGGGUGGUGAUAGGUGGGCAGCGAGAGCGGAUGGAUGCGGCGAGGUGGAGAGGGAUGACUGGCAGCGGCAGUUUGUGAGUUACUCUGGUGAUGACGACUACUGCCAGGGCGAGGUCCACGGGCGUUCAGUGCACGGUAGUGCGUUGGAUGAGAUCGCACCACCGUGGCGCAUGGUACCACAUGGCCAGCCGAUUGGUCGGUGCAAAUGGCAGCUGGGAGGCGCCGCAAGGGAGGCGCACUCGACGGCUGCGUGCUCUGAAAGGAAGAGAUUCCGCUACGUGCACUUUGGAGUGCAGCAGCAGCAGCAGCAGCAGGCUGCAGGGGCUGCUGGGGCAGCAGCGAGGCUGCAGUGGGGAGGUGCAGCAAGGCUGAGGCUGAAGCCCACAGACGUGGUGCUGCUGUCCACUGUAGCCCCCUCUGCCCCCACGGAUCUGCUCUGCCCGCGGGUGCUGUAUCGCCUUGCUGUCCUUCUUGCGGAGAGAAACUCAUCAGGGGAGGAUGGAGACAGCGAUCGCUGUUUCCGGGCCAGGAUAUGCACUCCAGAGGAUUCGCCUGUGUAUCAGGGCCUGGUUGGGGUAGUGGACGGGGGGGAGUGUGCAGGUGGUGCGUCGUGGUAUGUGACCUUGGUGGGUAGCUUGGCAACACCAUAG